AUGUCUUCGAUGCCUCAGGGAGACCAAAAAUCCAAAAAGAAGAAAAAGUCCAAGAAAAAGGGCAACGCGCAAGCCGCAACGACAGAGACAGAGACGGACGCCCCCACGACACCGGUCGACCCUCACGAGACGCAGAACGGUCCGGACGACGAGGAUGACGCAGAAAAUGACGAGCGAGAAGCAGAGCACACUGAAGUGUCCCCUGUCAAAGAGGGGUCAGGGGAUGAAGCCCCAGAUACGGUAACUGUUGCCAACGGGGUCAAAGAUCUCUCGAUCGACGACGACAACGAUGAUGAUGCAGCUGCCCGCUUUGACGCUCUUGUCAAAGACCGUGAUGCCCUACGACUCGAGGUGACGGAGCUGCGCAAGUCCCUGGAAGAACUGCAGGCAAAGCAUGCCACGGAAAUCGAAGCGGUCCAGACAGAGCUGGCUGAGACGCAGGUCGAAAAAGAGAAUGCUGAGGAACAGUACCAGUCCUUGCUCGGCAAGGUGAAUACUAUACGGUCGCAGUUGGGGGAGAGAUUAAAGGCCGAUGCAGAGGAUCUAGCGCAGGCACGGACGCGGAUUGAAGAGCUCGAAGAACAGAGAUCCGAACUGCAAGAGCGCUACACCGCCCGCUCCGCCGAGGUCGAAGAACUCACGGCUCGAAAUGCCGACCUUGAGCAGAAACAGUCGGAACAGUCCAAAGAAUUGUCCACUCUCCGCAACCGCCUGACGCUUUCCCAGCAAAACUGGCUCAAGGAGAAAGAAGAACUCGUCGAGUCCGAAGCCUACAUACGAGACGAAUUCGAGAACGCCAAACAGGCUAUGCACGACUGGGAGGUUCUUGCCAUGGAAGAACGCACCAUGCGCAAGGACCUAGCGGACCGCAACGCUGAUUUAGAGGAACAACUCGGUUCGUUAAAGGAAGCGUACGAGAAAGCAGUCAGCGAGAGGGACACCCACUCGUCAACGGUCGAAGGUCUUCAAAAAGCGCUCCAGGAGAUCCAAACACUGCGAAAACAGGAGCUGAAAGAACUGGUCGAAACUUCUCAGAGCGAACAAGAAGACCUGCGAAGACAGUUGUCAGACCUCCAGGCGGCCCAUGAUUCGACCGUGGCGGAACUAGAACAGACCAAGAAAGAACUCGAGCGAGCCCUUCCCUUCGAAAAGGAAGUCAAAGAGAAGAACCUCCUGAUCGGCAAGCUGCGGCAUGAAGCCGUCAUUCUCAACGAUCAUCUUACUAAGGCGCUGAGGUUUCUCAAGAAAGGCAAACCCGAGGAUAACGUGGAUAGACAGAUAGUGACGAACCACUUCCUGCACUUCCUGGCCCUCGACCGCUCGGACCCCAAGAAAUUCCAGAUCCUCCAGCUCAUCGCCGCCCUGCUGGGCUGGAACGAUGAACAGCGCGAACAGGCCGGCCUGGCCAGGCCCGGGACGACCUUUGGCGGGUCGGUGUCAACCACCACCACUUCGACUUCGAGCUUCAACUCCCUGCGCGGCUUGGGUUCUCUGACAGCCGCCGUCGCCUCUCCAGGCUCGCCCAUCGUGCACAGGACCCCGAGCACUCCGGCCCUCAACCACCCGGACUACUUCGGCGCCGGGCCCGAGAGCGCCACAAGCCCGCACUCCCGCGAGACCUUGGCGGAGCUGUGGCAGCAUUUCCUCGAGCAGGAGGCAGCCGCGGGGAGUGCAGCGGCCAAGUCGUCGAGGCAGGGGAGCCAGAGCCAUGGUCAUUCAGGUAUCACUCCGAUUCCAGGUUCAGGUCUCGGUCCCGGUCCAGGAGCAUCUGCGCCGCCGAGAUAG